AAAAUUCAGUGCUAAAAGCACAGACAAAAUGUCUUGGGUACGGUUGGCGGUGAGCCAGGCCAAUGAUGAUGUAUUUGAUGAAGAUGCAGAUGAGAUGGGCAUAGCACAGAAAGAAUGGAAAAGCACCAUGGAGAAACGAGUCAAAGAAGGCUAUCGAGAAGGCGUUGAAGCCGGGAAAGAGCUGACGCUUCAGCAGGGUUUUAAUCAGGGGUAUGAAGAAGCAGCAAAGAUUAUGUUCUCCUGUGGCCAACUCAAAGGGAGUGUAAGUGCUAUUUUGUCUUGGUGUAACAGUAACUGCUGCGAUUCUGCAGUGCUGAACAAAGCUACUGAUUUGCUGAAUGAAGUAUACAAGUACGAAGAGGCGUCAAUUAAGGAUCUUACCUGUCCCCACCCACAACCCUCUCUCGCAGACUUGCUGGAUACAGUUGAAGACAUGGACCUUGGUUAUGGACUUUCCCCAGAGAAGCAGGCUACUGGAACGAGAGAACAACAAAUUGGGGAAAAUGGAACACGGUGUUGUGGAAACCAUUGCACAAAUAGUGGGACUGAUUCUUCACAAAGCGAAUGCUGUAGGAGACCGAAAGAACACACAGCUUCUGUGAGGCCAACUUUUCCUUGGCUGAAAGAAAGAACUGUCAAUUUAAUAGAGCAAUUAGGCUUGUCUCCAAGCACACUUGAACACAUCUAGGAAUUGCAAAGUUA